UUCCCACCAAGACCAAAUGGAGUCAUCUUCUUGGGCUCUUAUAGUAGUGGGAUCACUAGCAGCCUUAGCCUCUCUCUCAAAAUUAUUACCCUUCAAAUCCCACCAGCUAAAAUUUCCACCAGGUCCCAAACCUUGGCCAAUCAUAGGCAAUCUAAAUCUUAUUGGUUCCCAUCCUCCCCAAUCCCUUCACAAAUUAGCCCAAAAAUAUGGACCAAUUAUGCAACUAAAGUUUGGAUCUUUCCCUGUUGUGGUUGCCUCAUCUGCCCAAAUGGCAAAGGAAUUCCUAAAAACACAUGACCAUGUCUUUGCCUCUAGACCAAAAACUGCCGCUGGCAAGUACACAACUUAUAACUAUCACGACGUCACGUGGUCACCCUAUGGUCCAUAUUGGCGACAAGGCCGUAAGAUUUUCCCCUCUGAACUUUUUAGCUCAAAACAACUCGAGUCUUAUCGAUACAUUCGUGUUGAAGAAAUGCGUGCUUUUUUGUCACGCCUUUGCAUCUUGUCAGGGAAGCCAGUUACGCUAAAAGACCAUCUCUUCCGUCUUACUCUAAGCAUUAUAAGCAGAAUUGCAUUGGGUAAGAAGUAUGUUAGUGGUGAGUCCAAAUACAAAACCUCGAUAGUGAGACCAGAAGAAUUUCAAGAAAUGUUAGACGAGUUGUUCUUGCUAAAUGCGGUGUUUAAUAUAGGAGACUAGAUACCAUGGCUCG